CAGACUUCUCCCCUCCUCCUCUUCCCAUCUCCCUUUCUCCCUCCCUUCCCUAGCAACUGGUAACCUCAGAAAGAGGACUCCAAAUCUAGAAAGAAGCAGUUGGUCGCCAGCUUCAUUCGGCCUGCCAAGCUGCUCUAAGGAAGAAGCAUCAGUCAUUUCUCCAGACUGAGCUGGUCUGCGUGGGCAUUCAGCUGGUUUUCUCCAUCACCUCAAGAAGGCUUUCCUCAUCAAAUUCCUCCAUGGCUUGCAUUGAAAAUGUCCUUGGAGGGCACGCCCCCUCACCCACAGCAGUAGCGGCAGCUGAAAACGGGAACCGGGAGCCGCAGCCCGGCUUGCCCCUCCAGUGCCUGAAGGAUGAUGCGGGGUCCUGGGGCCACCCUCGAGUCCCGCUGAGACCGCCCUUCAAGGUGCUGAGCGAUCUGGCAAGAGAGCGACUGGAGUGCCCCUUGGAGAGAACAGGAUCUUGCAUUCCUGUCGACGGCUCGAGAGCUCUCAAACCCCCAUAUGGGCCACCACCUGCUGUUGCGGAAGAGCCCCUAGCAACAGGAGAAGUAAAUAGCUCUGAGGGGCCGGCAGGCUGGAGGCAGAGGGGGCAAGAUUCUGUUAACAACGUGUCCCAGGAAUUCUCUGGCAGCCCUCCCGCACUGAUGGUGGUGGGGACAAAGGUCAGCAAUGGGGGCACUGAGAGAGGCGGCAGCAAUGCAGGGUUAUAUGUGGCUUUGCCACGGGGUCAAGGAUUCUUUCCAUCCAGGGGCCCUCAAGUAAGAGGCCCUCCACACAUCUCGACCCUUAGAUCGGGGGUAAUGAUGGAGUUGCCUCCAGGAAACACGAAAGUGACGGGAAGGGAGAGGUUGGCUCAUGUUUCUUUCCCACUGGGAGGCCUGCGGCACCCUGUGGAGAACUGGCCAAGGCCUAUGCCCUUGGCCUCCAGCACUGCAGGUUUACCUUGCUGCGCUACUGCUCAUUGCUUCAUUCCUCCUCGACCUCCGAGUUUCAAUCCGUUUCUGGCUAUGCCUAUUGCUUUUGCUCCUCCCCCAAUAUUUGGUCCUCCACUGCCUUCCUGUUUUGCUGAUUUCCCUUCCUGGGGAAUGCCUGCUCCUGCAUCCUCAAACAGAGAGAACAACUGAUGGCAAAAAAAAAAAAAAAAAGGAAGGAGGGGAAAAAAAGGUUGGAAAAAAUAGGUGAAAGCUGCUCAUUUAUGCUUUUAUAUUUGAAACCCUCUACCCUCUUUACUGCACUAAUGUGCCUUACAUACUUGGAAAUUCAAUAAACAUUCUAAACUUUGAAA